UCUUAAUUAUGUGUUUUCUAACAUUAAUAAAGGGACCCUUGUUUUUAAAGUGUUACUUAUAUUUCUUGAUGGUUCUUGGCAUAUUAAGAACUUUCUGACUGCAAUUUUCUGAACUGGACCACUCCUUGUGCAAACCUGCAAACUCUACAGUGUCAAGGAAACAACACUAAAGAGCAAAGAAAUCAUUCAUCUUGUUUAAAAUAGCAAACCUGCAGUCUUACAGCUUUGGGGGCCACAGGCCUCACUGUUUCCGCAUUGUGUGAAACUAGAAAAACUAGUUGUUCAGGAUUUACAGGUGGAAAUGACACAGGAAGGCAGCUGUCUAAGUGAACUUCAGUUGUUUAGCUUCUCUUCUGGCUUGCAUUGUCUUGUUUUUUUGUUUUUUUCUCGGCUCAAAAUGACGAUUAAAACUUUUGAAAUUCAUUACAACGCUAUAAACAUCCAAAAGACCUUUACCAAUGGAGACACCAUGACUGGGAAAGUGGUUUUAGAGACGACAAAGGGACUCAAAAUCAAAUCGCUUGUUUUCGUUGGUAAAGGAAGAGCUCGGGUUUGCUGGCGGGAGAACCAGGGAGACAAACAUCAUGUAUACUGGGCGAAUGAGAAAUUCUACAGCGUCAAACAUCAUGUAUUGGCAGGCACUGUAUUCAUAGGAAAAGGAAGACACGAGUUUCUAUUUAGCUUCAAGAUACCUGAGAGAGACAUGCCAUCAACUUUCAACUCACCUGUUGGCAAAGUCAUCCAUAAAGUGAAAGCAGAGCUGAAACAAUCCUUAAAAUUGACCAAAAAAGCCAAAGCGCACUUCACCUUUGUGUCCAAAUCAAACAUGGACGGAUUGCAGGAACCUCAAAGUGGGUGUAAGGAUAAAGGCCUUUCUUCUGGGUCUGGAAAUGUUUCUCUGGAUGUUCACACCCCAAAGAGGGGUUACAUGCAAGGUGAGGCCCUGAGCUUUAAAGUUGAAAUCAACAAUUGCUCAUCUUCUUCAGUGAAACCAAAGUUUGAACUGUACGAGAAGAGGAGUUACUUCGCCCAGGGCCACAAAAAACAGGAAACAAAUAAAAUUCUUAAUGGCAGAAUCGAUGAUGGCUCCUCUCAGGAAUCAGGACAUUUAUCCAAGACCAUCACCAUCCCUGCACAGCUGGCCCCCUCCAUUCUGAACUGCUCCAUCAUAAAGCUGGAAUACAGGCUAAGGAUCUAUCUGGACAUUGAAUUUGCAAAAGAUCCUGAAGUUAAACUCCCUAUUGUUGUCUUACCCAUGUUUCAACCUGAAGUAAUACCACCUGCAAACACUGCCAAUGCAAUUGGAAAUCCACAACAACCAGGCUCAUGCUUUACAUGGCAACUAAACUCGGGUUUUGUACAGCAACCAGGUUCGGGCUUUAUACAGGUACCAGCCUCGGGUCUUCCACGUCAAUUAAGCUUGAGCUAUCCAUCACAACCAGGCAUGGGCUUUGCACAGCAACCAGGCUCAGGCUUUGCACAGCAACCAGGCUCUGGCUUUGCACAGCAACCAGGCUCUGGCUUUGCACAGCAACCAGGCUCUGGCUUUGCACAGCAACCAGGCUCAGGCUUUGCACAGCAACCAGGCUCAGGCUUUGCACAGCAACCAGGCUCAGGCUUUGCACAGCAACCAGGCUCUGGCUUUGCACAGCAACCAGGCUCAGGCUUUGCACAGCAACCAGGCUCAGGCUUUGCACAGCAACCAGGCUCAGGCUUUGCACAGCAACUAGGCUCAGGCUUUGCACAGCAACCAGGCUCAGGCUUUGCACAGCAACCAGGCUCAGGCUUUGCACAGCAACCAGGCUCAGGCUUUGCACAGCAACCAGGCUCAGGCUUUCCACAGCAACCAGGCUCAGGCUUUCCACAGCAACCAGGCUCAGGCUUUGCACAGCAACCAGGCUCAGGCUUUGCACAGCAACCAGGCUCGGGCUUUGCACGGCAACUGAGCUCUGGCUUUACAUCACAACCAGGCUCAGGCUUUGCACGGCAACUAAGCUCUAGCUUUACAUCAAAACCAGGCAUGGACUUUGCACAACAAACAGGCUCCAACUCUCCACAGCAACCAGGCUCAGGCUUUCCACAGCAACCAGGCUCAGACUUUGCACAGCAACCAGGCUCAGGCUUUCCACAGCAACCAGGGUCAGUCUUUCCACAACAACUAAGCUCCGACUUUCCAAAUCAACCAGGCUCAGGCUUUGCACUGCCACCUCUGGAUCCUCCCCCUGAUUAUGAAGAAUGUGAAAUAGACCCCCCUCCAUCCUAUAGAGAAAUAGAAAAACAAUAAUUCUUUAAAUAUUUAAAAUUUAGGAUGACCAUUUUCUGAUGUAACAGGUAAACCUUGGUGAAAACCAUAACAUAAAAACUUUGUGUUUGUCUUGAAAGUGUAUAGUAAUGAAUGCAUACAUUGAUAUUUAAUAUAAACGAGGAACUUCAAUGUGUAGUAUGGAUAGUAUUUAAAUAAAUUGUUGUUUAAAAGCAAAAUAAAUUGUUCAAAUGUUUUUUUCUUUUUUUGUGUGUGAAAAAGUGUCUCAAUGAAGUUCCGCAUUCCUUUGAUUCAACAAAGUGAAAACAUAAUGCAUUCAUUUUGGGUUUUUCAUGUAUUUUGUUUAUAAAAGAAUUUAAAAUAUUAAUUUAAAGUAUUUAGACUCCCAAAUUUUCUGCUGGACUAUUUGCCAGUAUGAAAAUCCAACUUUAUCAUCUGACCGUUUUUUUAACCAAAGGUUUAAUGUCUUUUGAAAUCAGUAGAGAUUUGAGGAUGCAGCAUUUCGUUUUUAGGUUUGCUUUGAGUCUGAAUCCCUUUUCUGCGACCAUUUGUUUGGGUAUUUGCAAUUAUACUGUGCCAGCGCAAAAUCUUUGUAGUUUUUAAAUUGAACAGAUUUUGAAAAAUAAGCAGCAUUUUUAUGCUGUUUUACUGAAUAAUUCCCACUUUGUUUGACUGACAGGGCCUAUAGACAGCAGACAGAAGGCAUGUUCAAUUGUCCUCCAAUAUACUGUAGGUUUUGCACGGUAAAAAUGUCAAAAUAAUAAUACUUUUUUUUCAAAUAUAUAAAAUGUAACAUUGCAUAUUUCUUACAAAUUAAUUUCAAAUUUAAUUUUAAAAGCAUUAAUUUCUGUUAUAGCUUUUGAAUGUCUUUACUUGUGUGAGAAUUAAAACAUUUUGAUAUACUGUGAAUGUAUUUCAGUUACUGUACAUAUAUUUUUUAUCAGUGUUAACAUAAUUUGUUUUCAUUGUAUGCAAUUAUAUGUGAAUAAUUCACCAAUAAUUUUGGUAAACAAAUAUUUUUUCUUUCUAUGAAUAUUAUCUAAAUGAACAUUGUCAAACAAGAAUAAAAAAUAUCACAAUUGA